CAAAUUACUGUUUCUACUGAACCCCCAUCAUCUCACCUAUUGAAAAGUGUGCCCAUGCAUGACAAUACUCCUCUUAGGAAAAGCACAGAAGUCAUGGAGAAUAUAUCUACCGUUGAAGAUCAGACCCUUGGGCUACAAAAUAUGAUGCUGGAAACGCCAGAGGUUGAGAAGACUGUCGAAAGGCCCGCGACUACAAGCUUUCACAGGUUUCCUGACCUCCCACCAGAGCUUCGACAACUAAUCUGGACUUUCACUCUCGAGUCCCGCAGAAUAAUCGGGAUCGCCAGUCUUCGAUUCUUCGAGCAUGCUCAGAGCCGGGAGACAUUUCUAAGGGGUGUUGUGCCGACUGGGCUUCCUUACCCCACGCUGAAUACCAACAAAGAGGCACGCGAGGCUACUUUGCGAGUCGUACAAAAUCUAACACCAGCAUCUCACAACGGGUUAGGAAUACCAAAAAUCUGGGGUUCUACAUCGAAAGAUAUUCUUUGGUUCCAUAAUGCACAGUAUGACGAGCUCCACCGUUUACUGGACUGGGUUUAUCGAAAACCAAGCUCGAGUCCCACUAGAACCGAAAUCGCUAUAUCUUAUGAGGCAUUUUGCGAACUGUUGAGGGACUUAUGUGACGUUUUUGUGGGCAUGAGAUUGUUCUGUCUAUUCGAAAAGCUUUCUAGCCUGAAAGUUGGACGAAUCUUUGUCGUGGUUGAAUAUGAUUACUCUUGGACUAGCAGGGACGUCGAAAAUACCCCUGGAGCUUUCACUGCGCCUUCAGAGAACCUGUCAAAGUACAGAGAGCAUGCGGAGUGGAUCUCCGUUGUAGACCAGUGCACGUGGGACGUUAUAAAACCACGAGAUCGGGGGAAUCCGCCUCCGAUGUAUUCGAAAGCUACUACGUGGCUGAAGUUGGAAGACAGGGUCGGGAGAAUGGGUUCAGACCUUGAAAAAGAGUGGGCGAAAAGUAUGAACUGUUCAUCAAGAAGAUUAUUGACAAGAGGAAGAGUUCAAAAGUACUGACGCUCGUUUUAUAUGUUUUUCUCCGUUCGAGGAUCGGCAGACAAGGAAGUCUCAUGGACGCAAGUGUUAAGACGCGGAAGAAUUGGGAGGUGCGACGCUACUUUCCGACUUGGAACAAGCCGUCGUUCGAAUUUGUGGAGGCAGUGGGCGACAGUGGGACACCGUACAGACGUCCUUGGACUCGACAAUCGCACGGUUAGUGAUAAUGCCGUUUCCAGAACAAGACGUGCGUGGCGCCGUCAAAGUCUUAAAGUCUUCUCUAUAGCUACUCACAGACCCAAGCACACUUGCGGCUGGGACAGUAGAUAGACAUAAAUAUGAACAUAAAACGAAAGUUUUGCUUAGC